AGAGAAGAUGAGUGUCACACCAAGCUUCAGAGAGAAGAUAUUUCACAUUACAGUGAAGGAGAAUUCUGAACAAGAUGAAUGAAAAAGUCUUCCUCCUGCUUCUGGGCUGUGUGACGGGGCUGGUGACCAGUCUACCUCUAUCUGCACAAAUACAGUACAAUCUACUUGGAGUGAACAAAGAUGCCCCAAAGAGUGAAGACUCCGAAGUGCCACAAGGGAUCUUCAGCAAGAUUUUGAAAGCUAAUAAAGAUAGCAAAACACCCAUGUAUGGAGGAGAUGUGCUGGUACGAAAUGAGCGCAGUGCCAUGAACUGUCCUUCUUGCCUUUGGCCUAAAAGUGAUAGUGGUAGUGUUCCUGUUCCCUACACCAUAGAUUCCCGCUACAGUGAGUACCAGUGA